UUUCACAUUCCUCUUCUUCGCAGUACCUCCACCUUUGGUCGUCAAAAAUCUUCAGCGUAGGGCAAGGGGACGAUGGCGGCGGCGAAGAAGACGAAGAAGACUCAUGAGAGCAUUAACAACAGGCUCGCCCUUGUGAUGAAGAGCGGCAAGUACACACUGGGCUAUAAAACCGUCCUACGCACUAUUCGCAGCUCCAAAGGGAAGCUUAUAAUCCUAUCGAACAACUGCCCGCCGCUGCGUAAGUCUGAAAUUGAGUACUACGCGAUGCUUGCUAAAGUUGGGGUUCACCACUACAACGGAAGCAAUGUUGAUCUUGGAACCGCCUGUGGCAAGUAUUUCCGCGUGUCAUGCCUCAGCAUUAUUGACCCAGGUGACUCUGAUAUUAUCAAGUCGCUUCCUGGUGAUCAGUGAUAGUACCCUUUAGAAGCUGUCUUUUUUGCGGCAUCUUUUAUCUUCAGCAAACGGUGGAAUUUCCAUCUUUUAAUGUCCUCAGAAUAGCAACCUACUUUCUGCAGUCAAUUUUUAAAAAUGUUAAUGGUACUUGUGUAAAAAACCCAGAUUUUGUUGAUGUCUUUGAGGUUUUGUUUAGUUGAGAUGUGGUCUAAAGUGGAAUGUUCAAGUAUUUUUAUCUAUUUAUGCCUAGACGAUUGAGAAUUCAGAAUUUCCUUGUCUUCCGCAUUAGCAAUGCAAUUCUGCUUCUCAUUACUGGAUUUAAA